AAAUUCAACCCCUCUUUUUUCUUUUUCUAUAAAUAUAAAUACCCCUAAUUCCUCUCUCUAGACAAAUUUGGGCAUUUUCUAUCAACGAGGAGUCAAAGGCCUUCUUCUUUCUCAACAAAUCUCUUCAUUUUUCUCUGUUUUUCUGGUUCCUAAGAUUCUUUGAGGAAGUUGGUAGGAGGGUGAUUUGAGCUAGAGAUUGGACUUUUGGCUAGCUAUUUCUUUGUUAUAAGAUGCCAUUCUGGUCAUCAUCAUACCAAAAUGCAGAGAUUUGUUUGUCUUUUACAUCUGGAUGGAUGCCAAGAAGUUCAUGCAGUUGGUCGAGGAGAAAAAGAAGAGAGCGCUUGAGAAGAAAGAAGGUCACUUGAAAUGGGAGCAAAAACUUGAAGCUGCAGCAAAAGCGAAGUCUGCUGCUGAAGCUAGAGAGAAGGCUAAGGCAGCUAAGCAUAAAAGGAAAUCUGACGUGGGGUCUGAUAGUGGGAAUGACACUGAUAGUGAAUGUGAACGGAAAAAAUCCACGAAAAAGUCCCAUAAGAAGCACAGGAAGCACCAUAGUUCAGAGUCCGGUGAUUCUGAUAGGAAAGACAAGAAAUCCAAGCGGAAGUCGAAGAGAAAGUCCUCUGAUUCCAGUGACGAUAGCAGUGAGGAAUAUGAUAGCGAUUCAGAAGAAGAGAGAAGAAGAAAGAGGCGGUGCCACAAGAAGCGUAGGCAUCAUGAUAGACACACUGAUGACAGUUCGUCAGAUGAUGAAGAUGAUGAAGAUGUAAGAAGAAAACGUCAUUCAAAGCAUCACAAACGUCAUCGACGAUCACACUCGGCUAGAUCAGGGUCUUCCAGUGAUGAUGACCGUGUUGCAGCUAGGAAACGAAGCCACACAAAGCAUCAUAAACGUCAGGUAAGGUUGGGUUCAGAUGCUUCUGCUUCUUCUAGUGAUGAAGAAAAAGUGAACCGCAGUAAUCAUGGGAAACAUAGGAAACGUCAUCGCAGAUCCCAUAGUCACGAUUCAAGCUCUUCGGAUUCUGAAGAUUUUAGGCGUGAUAGAAGUAGUUCCCUAGGUAAAUCUUCUGAUGAGAAUGAGGAAUUCAAUAGAAAAGAAAAGCAUAGGAAGAAUCAUCAUCGACAUGGUCAUCACCGUCAUCACCGUUCCAACCAUAAGCAUCGCUGUUCAGAUGAUGUGUUGAACGACCAUCAUCAACCUCAUCACAAAAAUGAAAGAAAUGGCGAGUCGGUGGAAGAACAUGCUUCUGAAGUGCUCAAGGAAAGAGAUAACAGUGGUGCUCACAUGUGAUUCAAAAUGCUUAGGAUGCUUCCCAAUUCUUGUUGUUUUUCCAUUCUAUGGAGACCCUAAACUGCCAUAGCGAAUUACAGUUGUACUGUAACAUUUUAUGGGGUCUAAAGCCCAAAUUUCCUUAUUACUGUUGAAUCUUUACACUGACCAGCAAAUUUGUGCUACUAAUGAUUAUGGUGUUGACUAACAUAGUGGCAUUUUGUUGAUAAAA